UCGGGCUGCGCUUUCCCCUCGCGAAAAUUCCCACCCGAAAAACCCGAGAGCGCUCUCCCCCACUCGCAAAACCGCGGCGAAACAGUCCGCCGUCGCUGCGCGUGCGCAGCCUCGCGAGCCCGCUUCCUCCGCCUGACGCGCCGGAUCCAAUCGUCGAUAUAUUUUUCCCAUGCACACGGUAAUACCCGCGAGCAUCUAAGCCCCGAGUUUUCCCGUAGUAAAUUGUCGGACGCGCGAGACGAACAAUCACCAAUUGAUAAAAAAAUAAUAAUAAGUGGUCAUGUGCUUACGUAAUGCUCGAGUGAACUGACUGACUCCUCUCAGUGUUUCUGGCGUCAAAAAAAAAGUUAAUAAGAGUCGAGAUAAUGCAAUUUUAUUUUUAUAUUUAUUUCAACUGCUUGACAGUUUAAAUCGAUUGCUCAUUGGGAAUAAAAUUGUGAGAAUAAUUAAUUUGAGAUAAACAUGGCACAGCGUGCAAGGAGAAAAAAAAUUGUCCCCGUAGUAAUGUAUUUGUUUAUAUUUUUUUUAUUUGCCGACCCUUCUGAACACGCUGGUUAAACGACGCGAUCAUCGGAACACGAAUUGUUAAAAAUUAAAAAUACGAAAUACGGAAUAUUGUGAAUAAAUUGGGAGUAGCUGGAGCAACGAGGAUUUCGCCAAGGACGAGGUGAAUGACUACUGGAAAUAGUGACAACGGUUGUAUUCGAGUGGAUUUUACUGUUGAGGAAUAAGGUGUUGAGGCCACUGAUUGAGAGGACUGAAAAUGUCGGAGCAACACAAUGAUCAGCAGCCCAGUGGGAGAGACGACGCACGUACCAAUCUUAUUAUCAAUUAUUUGCCACAGAGUAUGACGGAAAAAGAGUUGUACAGCAUGUUUGUCACUAUUGGGCCAGUUGAAUCGUGUCGAGUUAUGAAGGACUACAAGACUGGCUACAGUUACGGAUUUGGUUUCGUCAACUAUGCAAAAGCUGAGGACGCACUGACAGCAAUAAACACUCUUAAUGGUCUGCAGGUUCAGAACAAACGAUUAAAAGUGUCAUUCGCAAGGCCAUCAGGCGAAGAGAUUAAGGAAACAAAUCUUUACGUGACAAAUCUUCCUCGAAACAUAACUGAGGGCCAGAUCGAGGACAUCUUCAGUAAAUUUGGUCAGAUUGUACAGAAGAAUAUUCUUAAGGACAAGCUGACUGGACUCCCCAGAGGCGUUGCCUUCGUCAGAUAUGAUAAACGUGAGGAGGCACAAGAGGCGAUUAAUCAUCUCCAUGGGACGAUACCUGAGGGGGGCUCUGAGCCACUCAGUGUCAAAAUUGCUGAGGAACAUGGGAAACAGAAGGCUGCUUACUAUGCUGGCUGGCAGGCUGGCUACAAUCAGAGUCGCGGAGAUUGUCCGUACGCAACGAGGAAAAAAUACCAACAAUAUCAGAAUUACAGUAAUUGAAAUAAUAAAUUUGGAUUGAUUUCCCCUUGAGUCGAGAUCUAAAUUCAAAUUUAGUUGUUGAAUCAACGAAUAUGUUCAAUGACACAAUAUGCCGAAUCGAGAAUAGAACAGUUUACUCUUGGAUUUUGCCUGGAGUAUCUCUUGUGCACAUUUAUCCUAAUGUUUAUUUGAAUUUUAUUUCCCCUUUGAUAAUAAUACGAGACACGCAAGUCUUUGAACGUUAACGUGCACACCAAAUGAAGUUAUCAACGCGAUAUGAAUAAUUGUGGGAUGAUAAUUGAUGUGAGAGUGAUGAAAAAAACGAAGGAGCGAUGGAUUUGGAACAGGGUAAGCAAUUUGAAAUUACGAAUUGAGUAAAUGAUGGAAUAAACAUAUGUAACAGCGAGAGCCGCCAAUCAAACGAUGAAAAUAAACUUUCACGUCAUUAAAUUGUUUACAAUUAGAUUAAAUACGAGUAAGAAAUUAGAAAGCAAUUUUGUCCGUCUGACAUUUUUAUCUUGAAUAUAAUGUAGACGUAAGGAUUUUAGAAGUUUUUCGUCUUUUGACAGAGUUUAGAGAUUUAACAAAACGAGAUUAAAAGCAAAGCUUGCGGCAAUAUCGAUGGAUUACUGAAACAUAUACAGAGAAUUAAUGACUAAGCUGAUGUUUCUAUUCAUCUUUAGAUGGGCUUUUAAUAAAUGUAUACAUUAAUAUUGAUCAGUGGGAAUCAGGCUCAACAGUAGCAAUGAAAUCAAAACAACAAUUACUGAAUUAAUCUCUGAUAAAUUAUUCGAUGCAUUCGGAUGAAGCGGCGGAAAAUGUUGCCACUAAUUCACUGAAGCAAAUAAACAGUUUCUUGUCACUGACUUCUCUUUGUUGUACAUAUAACUAGAUCACGUCGAGGAUAAAAGUAUAAGAACGAAAUUAGUCAAAUGUAAGGCUCGAAGGAAACGGAUGUGGCGAAGCCUGGAAGGCAGGGGGUCGUUCCGAAAUUAGUGGUACAAGAUUUAUUCUGGAACGAACACAGAAGUCUAGUAGUGCUAACGAUGGCUGUGAUAAAGAGAUAAGGGAAAAUAUUGGGAUUUAAUGGGGCUAGAUUAACUGAAAUUGCUUGAACGAGGAGAAACAACUGGUGAAUCCCCAAGUUUUCUCAGUGUCAUGUUUACAAUUAGGAUAAAUAAUGCUUUAAAGUUCUCUGUCGACUAAUCAAUCACGAAAUUUAAAUGCAUAUAUAUAAUGUAUAUAAUGUACUGUACGACGAGGAUUAAAUCCGUAGACUUACACAAUUCGUCGUUGUGAAAUGUUACAUUAAUUGAUGUUUUUGAUGAUGAAGUGGGGUGACAUUGUUUGUACAUUUAUAUUUAAUUGUUGCAUUGUUGAAUCGAAAUUUAUUGAUUGUGAAAUUUUGUGCUGGCGAUUUCUAUCGUGACAAUCAUUUCACAAAAUCGUGGCUCAGUUAUUCGCUUCAUUCGUUUACUGUAUUGAUGCUUCAACUGAUUAUGGCAAUAUAAAUUAUUAUUUACGUUCAGUUAUUUAACGUGGAAAAUCGCCAGGACAGACGGCGUUCAAUUACUUUGGAUCGAAGAUGAAUAAAACAUUUCUUGUAUCUCAAAUUGUUAUGGAAAAUCGCCUACGAAUCUAUAUAUCGCGUGACACGUGUUAGCGUGUAACGUUUCAAUUACAAAUCUCUUAACUUCGAUAGAAUAAACUGAGUGCUGGGAUAGUUGUCAUUCGCAACUGAUGAAAAAAACAAGUGGAAAAUAUGAUAAAAUUGGAAAAUACUGCUGUUACCUAUUCGUCAUUAUUUCCCGUCAUAAACAAUCCCUCCAUUAAUCACUUCACUUGACAAUCUACGAGUUUAUGUCGAGGUAAAGUUCUGGACAGGAGGUAAUGUGGUUCGAUACGAUCUUACAAAAAAGUAAUAUAUAUUCCAGUUAUAAAGCAUCAGAACAAAUAUUAUUUCAUUGAAAAAAAAUAUUUCCAAGUUAUGUUCAUUUUUAUUUCCGCUCGCUGUUUAAUUUUUUGUAAAUUCGCAACUGAUGAUUGCAAUUCUUCAUUGGAGUUCGUUUUGAGGGCCCUUGGGAGUAAAAUAAAAGUACAAGAGGGGAUGAAAGGCUGGGAGUUUGAAUGAUUUGUUCAUUUUUCAGGAGUUGGAUGAAAUGAGUUGAAAAUUCUUUGAAGAGGAUAAAUCAUUUUAA